GCAGACACUUCUCCACCUCCUCCUCGACCUCGGUCGCUCUUCUUGCCUCAAGCCACUGCCCCCGCCGCUUCCGCUCCCGCACCAAUGGCGAAUCUGCCGCCCUCCCUCUCCGUCGGGCCCUCCUUCGGCGCGCCCUCCCCACCACCUCCGCCGCCCUCGUCCUCGUCCGCCGCCGCCAACGCCGCCGCCAACGCCGCUGCCGGAGGGAGGGACCGCAAGAUGGUGUCCGCGGAGCAGCUCGUGCUCGACCUCUGCGACCCGGAGCUGCGCGAGAACGCGCUCCUCGACCUCUCCAAGAAGCGAGAGAUUUUUCAAGAUCUGGCUCCACUCCUGUGGCACUCCUUUGGCACAGUUGCUGCACUACUCCAGGAGAUUGUUUCAAUCUACCCUUCACUUUCACCCCCGACUUUGUCGCCAGUUGCAUCAAACCGUGUCUGCAAUGCACUUGCACUUCUCCAGUGCGUUGCUUCACACCCUGAUACCAGGAUACCUUUCCUGAAUGCUCACAUCCCACUGUACCUGUACCCGUUCCUGAAUACUACCAGCAAGACAAGGCCAUUUGAGUACUUGAGGCUUACCAGCUUGGGUGUCAUUGGUGCUCUUGUGAAGGUUGAUGAUUCUGAAGUAAUUGGAUUUCUGCUUCAAACUGAAAUAAUUCCUCUUUGUCUGCGUACUAUGGAGAUGGGCAGUGAACUUUCCAAAACAGUGGCCACCUUUAUUGUUCAGAAGAUCCUGCUUGAUGACAUUGGUCUGCGCUACAUUUGCGCAACUGCUGAGCGUUUCUUUGCUGUGGCCACUGUCUUGGCUCAGAUGGUCCAGGCACUGGCUGAACAGCCUUCUGCAAGGCUGCUGAAGCACAUAAUCCGCUGCUACCUGAGGCUGACAGAGAACGCGAGGGCAUGUGCUGCGCUCAACAGCUGCCUCCCCACUGUGCUGAAAGAUGGGACCUUCAACUCCUUCCUCCAGCAGGACGAUCACGUGACUAGGCGCUGGCUUCAGCAGCUGCUGCACAACAUGACUGUGGCCGGGAUGGCUGGAGGAAGCUCUCACGCCGGCGGCAUGGGUGUAGGCCCUGCUGGCAUGGGGGGCGGGAGCUCCCACGGCGGCAUGGGUGGAGGAGGCCCUCACGCGGGCCUUGACCACCUCAUGGGGCUGUGAACAAAGGAAUGAAGCUUGCGUCCGCACUGCAGCGGCUCAUCCUAGUGUAUGGUGGGUCUAAGAGUCCGAACCUAGUAUGGUGUGUCUAAGAGUCCGAACCUAGUAUGGUGUGUCUUAAGAGUCCGAACCCCAGUGCAGUGUGCGGUGCAUGUGUCUGUUGUAGUCGUUGUUUGUCGUCCAGAAGUCAAAAGAAUAAUAGCUUCCGCCCUUGUGUGGGGGGGAAGGAAGAAGAUACAGUAGUAGUCUUAUAAGGGGUACUGCUUGUUUCGUGGGUGUAUAAAGACAAAUAAACCUGUGCAGCAGAACCGCUCCCUGCUCCUCCGGGCAAACGUCCCGAGGAUGAAGAGGGGCGGCAGUGAAAAUGAACAUGACAGGCUUUUACAAUCA